AUGGGAUUCCUAGACUCCCAUUCCUACACGGCCGUUACCAGCAACAUCAACCGUAUAGUGGAGUCUGCUCCUAUCGACUCGGACGAUGCGUCUAUGGAGAUGGAACUUCCAGAAUUGCUCGACGCAAUUCGUCAUCAACACAACCCUGGAGAGCCAGGGCCAGUAGAGGCAGCCAGAGCAAUCCGCAAAAAGCUGAAACACGGCUCGUUCACCGAACAGUACAACGCACUGAGUUUGCUGGAGCUUCUUGUUGCAAACGGAGGGUCCUCUUUAUUACCAUUGUACAAUGACUCCCGGUUGCUGGAUCGUCUCAAGUACACAAUUGUGACACGGCCCGAGGUUUCUGGCGUUGACCCACGGAUACGCAAGCGGGCAACACAUCUCGCUGUUGGAUGGAGAAACGAAUAUGCGAGAACUGGAGAGGUGGGCGGUUUGUUUACGCUUGCAAACUCGGUGAAGGUGAGCACCACGUCAAGACCAAGAAGGACCGUGCCUGAUUUCAUGAAUGACGAGGCCGAAGAGACCCCAUUCGAAGAAGUGUACGAGACCCCCGACAACGCGUCCGAGUCCUCUUCAAUUGCUCCAUCUGUUGCUCAAUCGGGCGGGUCGAGGUUCGUCCCACGUGUGACGUCGCCAAAGACUAACAGAGAGCUUGACCGCAAGUUCAAGAUUCCUCUGAUCAACUACGAAAAGGAAACACCGAAAAUCCACCAGACAAUUGCCGAGGCAAACAUUCUGUCUACCACAUUGACCAACACGCUGAAAACCCUGGAGCCAGAAGAGCUGUCGAUCCACUCGGCCAAGGCCAACAAGGAGUUCGAGGAAUGUAGAAACAUCAGAAGAAAGAUCCUCAGAUAUCUGCAGCUGGUCAACCAGGAGCAACUUCUCGGUGCCCUUUUGAAAUGCAACGACGACCUGGUUCGUUCGCUUCAGUUCUACGAGGAGCUCGCGGAGCCAAGAGACGGUGGAGAGUCUGACUCUUUGGCAGAUUACGAAACCAUCAACAGCGAGCGUACUGAGCGUACAAACUCGGUUGUUGCACCAACUAGGACUGCACGCUCGGAAAUUGACGAGUUCGACCCGUUCAGCGACAACAACGAGGUUUCUGCCCCCACUGUGUGGAGAUGA